AUGACUACCGUGGCUGCUAAAGAUGACAAAAAGCCAAAAGAUAAUAUUCCCGAUAUACUGUGUGAUCCAGGAACUGGUAAACGAUAUUUGAGAGGACGGUUUCUGGGCAAGGGAGGUUUUGCCAAAUGUUACGAAUUGACAGACAUGGACAACAAGGAAAUCUGGGCAGGCAAGAUUGUUCCAAAGACUUUGCUUGUAAAACAACACCAGAAAGACAAGAUGGCGCAGGAGAUUGCCAUCCAUCGUAGCAUUGGCCACAGGCAUGUGGUUCGGUUCCAUACCUUUUUCGAGGACAGUAACAAUGUCUACGUUUUGCUGGAGCUGUGUCGCAGACGGUCUCUAAUGGAACUACACAAGAGGAGAAAGGCAGUGACAGAACCCGAGGCGCGGUACUUCAUCAAGCAUAUCACCGAGGCUUGUCAGUACUUACACAAUAACCAUAUCAUACACAGGGAUCUCAAGCUGGGCAACCUGUUCCUCAAUGAUAACAUGGAAGUGAAAGUCGGAGACUUUGGCCUGGCAACAAAAUUAGAUUUCGACGGGGAGAGGAAAAAAACACUGUGUGGAACCCCAAACUAUAUUGCGCCAGAGGUGCUAGGCAAAAAGGGCCACAGUUAUGAGGUGGAUGCCUGGUCACUGGGUUGCAUUCUAUUCACCUUGCUAGUCGGGAAGCCUCCAUUUGAAACCACCUGUUUGAAAGACACAUACGAGAAGAUCAAGAAAAAUGAUUACCAUAUUCCUUCGAAAGUCAGCCUCCAAGCCAGGAAUCUCAUCAAUCGUCUGCUCAGGGCCAACCCUACUGACAGGCCCUCGAUGGAUCAGAUCAUGCAAGAUCCUUUUUUCCAAGCAGGCUACCUUCCCGUGCGUCUUCCAACAUCUUGCCUGACUAUGGAGCCUCGGUUUGAUACGCUGAUCAAAGAACACACCCAAGCAGGAGAUGGCGCCACAGUCAGGAAACCACUGGUGGAAGUCAAUGGCCCAGACAGACCUGUUGCAGUGGAACCUGGGAAACAGGAAGUGGAUGGCAAAAGUGACAAAGCAGUGGAAUCUAAACUUCCGACACUGAAGAUUGGCCUAAGCAGCAAAGAGGAUAUGGAAAUAGAGUAUUUGUUAGAUCUGGCUCGCCAGCUUUAUUCGGUGUUAUCAACCAAUCCAUCAGAAAGAGCUAACCCACAGUUAGAUGAAUGCGAAGAUCCUGCAGCCAUUCCGGUGUACUGGAUCAGUAAAUGGGUGGACUACUCGGACAAGUACGGGCUCGGCUACCAGCUGUGUGACAACAGCGUGGGGGUACUCUACAACGACUCCAGCAGAUCUGUGCUUCUCAGCAAUUUAGAAAAUAUGCAUUACAUCGAGAGAGAUGGGCGUGAACAUUAUCACACCAUACGUCAGUAUCCAGAGGUUCUUUCUAAGAAGACUGGUGCUGACGUGACUCCACGGGACUCUGAUGAGAUGAUUCGACUACCCUUUCUCAGAACUUGGUUCCGUACCCACAAAGCAAUUGUAUUACUUUUAAGCAACGGCACUUUACAGAUCAACUUUUUUCUAAACCAUACCAAGGUAAUCAUAUGUCCUCUAAUGGCAGCUGUGACGUACAUUAAUGAAAAUCGGGAGUUCCGCACAUAUCGCCUGAGUCUUAUCGAGAAAUAUGGCUGCUCCCGUGACCUGGCUUUUCAUCUAAGCUAUGCUAGUGCUAUGGUGGAAAGGCUCAUGGCAGCUAAAAGAGCUGCGGCCCAAAAGGCCAAAACUUUAGUUUCCUAA